UCCUGAGCCAAAGUAAAACGAGAGAGAACUUGUUUGGAAGGAUGGUGUCAUUCCUUUUCCAGGCUGAAAAGCACAGGGGGAGGGUCUAAUAGCUGGAGAGGGGAAGAGAGAAACAGAAGUUACCAUUACAGUCAACUCUUACUCAGCCUGGAUCAAGAGAAAAAGAAGAACAAAAGGCAGAGGGGGGACAGAAUAAGGAGAUACGCAGUGUAUUAACAGGAUAAAAACACAAAAUGGAGGACUCCAGUAGCAGCAAGCCGUUCAUGGUGACAUCCUCUCUGAACUUCAAAGUCACCACACCGUCCUUCUACAACCAGCCAAAGAAGUUUGCCUCUGUGGCACCACCACGGCCCAAAAGUAUGACGCCCCCCUCGGCACCAUCACCGACACCAGUAGGCACAGCUGUGAUUGGUCGAGUGGGAGAUCUGCCUCCGCCGCCCCCUUCGCUCUGUGACGACUUCCCACCCCCUCCCCCCCCUCCACUGGAUGACGAUUUGCCAGCCCCUCCUCCCGAAUGCCAAACCAUACCCUCCGCCUCUGACGCACCCCCUCCUGCCUUCCCCGCUCCACCUCCAGUUGAUGAUGAAAUUAUAGUGAAACGCAGUUACAUGCAGCCACUUGGGCCAGCCUCCUGCCCGUCUCCCCCUCCUCCCCCACCCCCUCCACCUCUCCCUGCCUCCGGUACCAGUAUUCCCAGUGCUGCUGGAAACCCACAGAGACUGGUGGAGAAGCAGACAAGCUUUGACAAACAGCUCGACUCUCUAACCGACUUGCUGUCUGAGAUGGAGACCAGGGGACCUUUCAACCCGAAGUUACCGAGCCAGUAUUCUUCAGCACCAGCACCCAAGCCUUCAGCUCCUCCCCCAACUGCUCCAAAACCAGCUCUCUCCUUCCUCCCACCCCCUGAGAUGGGAGACCGCCCGCCUCCAGCGCCCUGGGCCGAAGAACUCAAAGCCAGAACAAACCGACAAGCCAAUCACAACUCUGCACCAAACUCUGCUGCUCAGCCGUUCACUAAGGCCCCGGCUGUCGCCCCCAAGUUCGGAGGGAGAACGGCGACAUCAUCCUCCUCUCUGGCACAAAAACUGAACCAGAACCUGAACCAGAACACCACCCCAGUGGGUUUUACACCAAAACCUUCCCCUCCCUCUGCCAACUUCCCUCCACCUCCCGCAGCUCCCCCUGCAGCUCCUCCUCCGCCAAACAAUAUGGCGGCUGCCCCGGCCUCUAAUCACAUGAAGAGUUCUCCUUUUGCCAGUCAGAUGAAUGCAAACAAAAACCCUCCUGCUGCUGUGCCUCCUCCUCAACCCCAGAUGAUGACAUCUCCCCCCUCCUCUUUUAACCAACAAAUGAAAACUCCCCCUUCAACAACGCCCUCUCCCCCAGGCCCAGUUCCUAUCCCCGGUGGAGGCGUUCCUCUGAAUAUGAGGGAAGUGGAGGAGCUGGAGAGAAUGACCAAGGACUUCAUUAAAGACAUGGACACACACGCACCUGUCAUUGUCUCCCCUCCUACAGAGGUCUGUGGGAAGUGUGGUGAGGCUCUGUCCCGCACCCAGCCAGCAGUGAGGGCCAUGGACAAACUCUUCCACUCCAACUGCUUCUGCUGCAUGAGCUGUCACCGCCCCCUGCAGGGCAUGCAGUUCUAUGACCGGGAUGGAUCGCCUCAGUGUGAGGACUGCUAUAUGAAUUCCCUGGCAGUGUGUUCCCGAUGUGGGGAGAGGAUCACAGACCGUGUGCUGAAGGCGGUGGGCCAGUGUUUCCACGCCCACUGUUUCCGCUGCAGCACCUGUUCCUGCACACUUGAAGGGGCGCCCUUCAUCACUGAUGACAACAACAACCCCUACUGUGUCCAGGAUUACCACAGGCGUUUCUCCCCUCUGUGUGUGAGCUGUAAUGAACCCAUUAUUCCAGCCCCGGGCAGUGAGGAGACAGUCAGAGUGGUGGCUCUCGACAAGAACUUCCACCUUAAGUGUUACCGUUGUGAGGAUUGUGCUCGCCCUCUCUCCAUAGAAGCAGAUGAAAAUGGCUGCUAUCCAUUGGAUGGUAAGAUCCUGUGUAUGAAGUGCCACACCCAGCGAGCCAAGCAAGCUGCGCAGUGAUUGGCUGAUGCAGCACAACUCAGAUUAACUAUGAACCAAAAUCCAAAAGCACAGGAUUCAUUCAGCUGCCGUUUUGCCUUCGCAACAGGGCUUUAUUCAGUAUAUGUGCGCAGGUGUGAGUGUGAAUGUUGCUGUGUGGGGAAAAAAAGGUAUGUUUGCAUGCAGAUACGCUGUAGUAUUCCCUCGUCUCUGUUCAACUCAGUGCAGAAGUAAUGUACUGCAUUGAAAAAAACUCCCCUCAUCUUUUACUCCCAAUAUCAAACUCUCUGGUCUCUUAUCAAGCCCUCGUUGUGUACUAUUUUUUGUGCCAAUUCUAUGUUUACGCUAAAAUUUCCAGCAGAACUUGCACAAGAACAGUUUGGUCAAAUGAGCAGUCAGAUGAAUAUAAAGUUGCCUUUCUUUGUCUCUUGCCUCAUUAUUGUAAGUAGCACCAUAUACUGAGAUAUUUCCAUCUUUCACUGGCUGCCCUCUUUCCCUAUGAGCGUUGUAGCUAUAUCCAUGUCACUGAGACACUUGUUACCAUAGGGUGAGGAGCAACAAAGACCUCCCAUUUGACCACUCUAUAGAUUUCACCACUCUGAUCGGCUGUUAGUAGAGCAUAUCUUAAACACUUCGGCAGUUGUUGUGCCUGCAAGCAUGGUUAAUUAUGCUUUCCUGCCCAGAAAGUGCUUUAUAUCAGCCAAUCUACUCUGACAGCAUUUCAAAGUCGUCUAGGGCUAAACGUUGACUGCAAAAAAUUAAAACAGUGAAUGUUGCUCCUAGUUUUUUGUGAUGUGAAUUUGAUAAUUUAGGUGCAUGCGUUGAAUUAUGUCUUGUUGCUCUUUAUCUCCUUCGAACAUACAGUCUCUAUAAGGGGGAGAUUAGAACAAAAAAAAUGCCAUUUUCUUCUAAAAAAUGGCUUAAAAGCUGAUUUAACAGUGUAUUUUUAGAUGCAUGCUUUUUGGAUGCACAAAUUACGAACAAACAAACGAGCACAGAUUCCAUUCCAGGGAUCUCAUCAUUUAAGAAAAAAACCUGUGUGGUUAUUAAUGUCAGCUGCAUGGCUGAAAACAGGACCUAUCAUGUGAUUGUUGCACAGUUCCAUAGUGAAAUAAAAUAGCCUUUAAGUGUCACUUUGACUCUAAAGCUCUCGCACAUGAUCAAUUUUGUAUUAUUAGACACCAUCUCCAAACAUCAUAACUUUUGAUACGCAUUUUCAUGGAAUCUCUUGCUUUACAAAUAAUAUAAUUUAUGGACCAUUUUUUAUUAAGUAUUAAGAUUUUAUGUAUACCUGUACUAAAUAACCUGUCCUUGCAACAGGAUAAUAGAUCAUUAGAGGCAUUAGAGUUUUAGGUAGCAGAUGUUAAAACAUAUUGACCAACUAUUAUGAAGCUGUUGGCAAAAUUAAGGUAAUAAAACAAUUACAUGAGAUUCAUUGUUUGACUUUCAUGUAUGUUUUUUUAUCACCUUUUUGUCUUUGAGCCCAGUUCUUUGGUCUUGAUCUUUCCCGAUCUUACCAUGAAUACCACUCUUCUUUCCAUUACUCAUGUUUCGUACUCAAGUCUGUUCAUGUCGCUUAUAUACUAUUUUAUUCUUAUCUUACUGUACUGUAUCUCAUUGAUAAAUGCUUACAAUUGUUUCCUUUUGAACCUGGAGAUGUGCCUUCUCCACUGUUGUAUCCCAUUGUUCAUUUUGAAUCGAGCCUGGUUUGCAGCUACAGAAAUUCAUUCCACAAUAAGAAAACAGUUGUUACUUGUGCUCGCAUUGAACCUGGUGUAGUAUAACACCAGAAUGACUAACAUGGCAAUAGUUAUUAAUCAUUGCAUGCUAUCUGUUUAGGUGGUGGUGGCAUUUCUUCUAGUAUUAUGUCUUUUGUUUGCACCAACUACUCCACCUUUGCGGCCCUGCCUUUGUCAUCACUAUGUGAUAUUAUGAUGAUGCCUUCACAGUUGCAUUUAUCUGGCGUUUUGUUGUGUUAUGUCCUAUUGUAUUACAUGCAGAUGCCUUGUCUUUUCAUAUAACUUCUUUUUUUUAUAAAGUCCUGUUUGAUAUGUGUGAAUGUGUAUAUGUUUAAAAACAUUACUUAGCCCAACCCAUUCCCCUUUGGCUGUAUCAAAAGAUAAAUAAAUAAAAUGCUGACUA